CUAGGCUGUCUCCAGAGAGGCGCCCGCAACAGAGCCGCCGGCUCAGUGCAAAGGGUCCCCGCUCCCAACCCCUGCCACCCCGGGUCUUGCAACAUCGUCUCCACCUUCCUCCUGCGUCCCGGGGUGGGACGUCCUGAGCUUGCACAGACAACCCGGGUCCCCCAGCCAGGAGCCUGCACGGACACCUCCCGUCUGUUCCCGAGCCGGAGGCGCAUUCAAGUGCCACCUUGCCAGGACAUCCACUGAAGGAUGGGUGCUGCUGUAAGGAGAUGGGUCUACCUUCCCCUGGGCUGCAUCGUGCUGUUCAAUCUCACAAAUGCUGACUUUGAAUUUCAAAAGGGAGUGCUAGCCAGCAUCAGUCCGGGCAUCACAGAAGAUGUAGAUCUUCAAUGCUGGAACACAUGCUCUCUGACACUGAUAGACCUCAAGGAACUCAAGAUAGAGCACAACGUGGAUGCCUUCUGGAAUUUCAUGUUGUUCUUGCAAAAAUCUCAGCGGCCUGGGCAUUACAGCAUCUUCUUAAACAUAGCCCAAGACUUCUGGGAUAUGUACAUAGACUGUUUGCUUUCAAGGUCUCACGGAAUGGGCAGAAGACAGGUGGUAUCUUCCAAGUAUAAUUUUCCACAGAAAAUGACAAGAGGUGAUUUGAAGGUAUACCUACGGAAGUAGUGAUGUGGCUUUAUUAAAAAAUCAAUAUUUAGUCCUUCUGGUUAUUUCAGGUUUAUCAAAUAAGCUAGCAAACUUGCCAUGUUUAGUUUUUUUUUUUUACAUUUUUUUCGUUUUCACAUUAUUUAGAAAUCAGGAGAGUGCUUGAUUAUAAAUGAUCUUGGAACAUAUACAUUGCUAGAUCAUUAAAAUCAUCUUAUUGUUUCCCCAUGAGUAGUUCAUAAGAAAGCCAUAUAGUUCUGUAUCUAUUCAUAUUGUAUGACUUAAAUAUCAGGCAUGUUGUAGCCUUUUGAACAAAACAUUUUCAAUUGGGUUGCAUAGAAGAAUGAAAUCUUAUAUUAAGAAAUAUUAAUUUCCCUCAAUACUACAGAAACAGAUAAUAAAACAUGUUUUACAUUUAGGAAGAAAAACACAAAAAAUACCUCAAGCAAGAUGCCAACUGAAAGCAUAAUCCUGUCAGUACUUGUCAAGUCCUGUUGUAAUUAAAAUUAUGAUUUUCAGUUCCUUAAUCUGGUGGUUUUCUUUCUCUAGAUAUAUAACUGCUUUAUUGACAGUGAUUGGAUUAUUUGCAAAUAUUUAAGUAAUUUGUCAAAAAUUUGUUAUUUAAAAAGCAUUUUGUCAAGUUAUCUUUGUUUGAAAUACUACUUCAAAUGAAAAUAUGAUUUUGUUAAACUAGUCAGUAGAGUGAAGUCAUAAUCAAUUUUAUAAAGUAUCUGGUACCCUAAUAUUGACUUUAAAACUAUUCCCCAACUAAAUGCCAGUAUCUAAAAGUGAUAUUUAAUCUUGAUAUAAUGUUCUCUUUGCCUUCUGAAAUUACAUUUCAACACUAAUCCAUCUUAUAUAUUAAAUAUUUUUCUAUGUAUUAAGGACUAAAACCUUUAUGGUACAAUUCUUUAUUUUUUUAAAUUUUUGUGUGUGUGUAUGGAUAUGUUCCCUGAGUGUGUGUGUGUGUGUGUGUGUGUGUGUGUGUGUGUGUGUGUGUGUGUGUGUAUACUAUGGGAUGCAGUACCUGCAGAGGCUAGAAGAGCACAUUGGAUCUCCUGGCACAGGGGUUACAGACAAUUAUGAAUUACCACGUGGGUGCCAAGAAUCGAACCCAAAUCCUCUGGGAGGGCAGUCAGUGCUCUCAACCUCUGAGCCAUCUCUCCAGCCCCUAUGGUAUAACUGAUAUUGUCUCAAAAUUAAAAAAGGAACAACAAACAAAAAUGAAAAAGCUACAGUUUAGCAAAGCACAGCAUGAUGGAAUUUAUGCCUUGGUAUUAUGUUAGUCACAUUUUAUAUUUAGUCAUUUUUAUAUUAUUUACAACUCACACUCAUAUUCCAUAAAUGGUAUGCAGCUUUAGAGAAAUAUACCAAACAAAAGAAUGGCACAUAGUAGAUGAUGAAAUUGGAGCAGUGGGAAAUGAUUACAGGGAACUAAUAAUACACAGUUAUGGUAUUAAUGAUUUUGAUUGUAUGCAUCAAGUCAAUAAUUUGGGGCUUGAGAGAUGGAUCAAGUUGGUCAGGCGCUUGUGGCACAAACCUGAGGGCCUAAGGUUAGACACUCAGGCAGAGGAAGGAGCAUGUGUCUGCAAGCCCCACACUGGGAGAGGGGAGACGGGAAGACCCGGGGCCUUCCUGAACAGCCAGUCUAAUAGAAUUGCUGGGCUCGGGGCUCAGUGAGAAGCCUGGUCUCAAAAAAUAAAGUGGAGAGUAGUAGAGGAAGAUACCCAAAGACGGUCUCUGCCCACCCCCGCCUGCAUCUUUGACAAAAAGACCUGCAAACUUGGUGAGAUUUCUCAGUUUCCAAGUGAAGAAGGACUCAAAAGCAGUUUGAGGUUUGUGUUUACAAAAAAACCAAAACCAACCAACCAAACAAAACAAACAAA